CAACCCUUUGGCUCUGUUUCCUAAGACAGUGUGUUGUCUUAGUAAAAUUACCCCUUUCCUUGGGUGGCUAGAUUCUCACAUCUGGUGCACCCACCAUUACAAAUACCUAUGAAAUCACUUAGAGUUGUAGAGCAAGCUCUAUGGUCUGAUAUCAUUAUUCCUACUUCUACAAAGCAAGUAAGGCUAGGGCUAGUAGCUAGAGAGGCUUCUAUAAGCGUAUGGGUUAGAAUAUCAUGUUAAUGUAAGGGUUAAUGUAGUACAAAGAGGUGUUGUUGUUAUAAGGAAGCUAAGGAGUGUAGUAUACACUGCCAUAAUGACGACCAUGACUGUGGCAGGAAACGUAGCUAUAUAGAUCAAUUGAUUACUCCUACUUCUGGUUGGGCCGGCUAGUUCAUGAGCGGGCCGGCCCAACCGUGAACUCGAAAAAUCGUGGUUAGGCCGGCCAGUUCAUGAACCAGCUCAGUUCAUGGUUGGGCCGGGAACAUAGGCGGAAUCACAGGCGGAUGACUAUAUCUACCUAUAUAUGACGACAUCUCCGGCUUCAAAUUAUCGGCUGCUAACUAGUCUAGGCUAAAGCUACACCACAUCGCAGCUGCUACACUCGCGAGUGUAGCAGCUGCUGAAGCGGCCAACUUUGAAAACGCGACAGGCAGAUAUUAUAGACUGAAGUGAAGAAGGUUUUCUGCAAGCUACUCACAGGCAUUUGAUAUUGGAGUCCCUUCGAUGAAAUGAAUUGUAUAGGAUUAUAAUACAGAUUACCAUCUACAACCAUGGAAAAGGAUUUGUUGAGGAGUGGCGGUGAACAGACGCACGUGGUGAAACCGGGCAUUUCGCUUCCGCUCAUUUCCCAACCGCGCAUCUCGCUUCCUCCAACCUUGAGAAGCGAAAAGUUUGGUCACGACGAUUAUAGCCUUCACCACCCCGGAAUCACGAUGAGCGAUCAAAAUCACGAUGAGCGAUUUUGGGGUGGUGAAGGAAAGAAGAAGCGGGAAUCAAGGACGCGACGACAGAGCCACAGCUUGGCGUGGUGGGUGGAUACGUCAGUCCACUAUUCGACGCCGAGCGAGGCGAGGGCCCUGGCAGUUGGAGGGGUCGGUUUCAGGGGUGUGUCCAAUUUGCCAUGUCUGAUUCCCAUUGCCAGGGGAAAGUAACGUUGGAUGGCUAGUAGGGUGGUGAGAUGAUGAGGGUGAGAGCUUUGUUUCUUUGUUGGUCGCGUGUACUGCACGGCCAGCCCACUCUCGUCCCAUCCACCUGCAGUGCGAGCUGAACCAAUCCACCAACCGACGGGGGCUGCGUGGCUGUGGCUGAGGCCGGCACAGUAUCAUGACGUGUGAGACAAUUCACACGCUGGAUAUGCCGAUAGCUCGACGUCGAUCCCAGGACCUCCAGCUUGGCCGUGCCAACUUCUGACAGCUGGCGGACGGCGCACCCGCUCGAUGCGGUAGGGAGUAGCAGCGUUAUUGUUUUUGGUCUGUUGUUCUUUUUGCUUUGGGCUAGCCUUUGGGAUGGGAGUCGGAGG